AUUGUUCUCAAACAGCAAAUUCCCAACUGGAGUAGUCGUCGACAAUGGCUGCGACCAAAGGAUUGAAAGAAGAUGAAGAAGAAUUUGUGUACAGGAUCAGCACCGCCGCGGAGUGGACGGAGCUCCAUUCAACCGGCGCUACAUUUGGCGGAGAUCUCGAUAAGUCCACCGCCUGUUUCCACCUCAGCAAGCUCGAUCAGGUCGUGCCCUACUCCCCUUCUCGAUAAGUCCACGCUUGUUUCCGCCAUUGUUGAAUUCAGGUUCAAUCCACUCUGCAGAACUUUUUCAGGAAUAGCAAGGAAGACCUUUACCUUCUGCAGAUUGAUGCUAAAAAGCUUGGAGAUGGGUUGAUUUAUGAACCUGUGGAUGAAUCCAAUGUGUUCCCGCAUUUCUAUGGUCCAUCUCGGAGUUUCAGUCCUCUUCCACUGGAUGUUGUCAUAAAAGCAGAAAAACUUAGCCUCAUGGACGGCAAAUUCAGCUGCAGCUUCCUGGAUUAGUUUCAAAUUUCAAAUUCUGGUUUAGUUUGAUUUCAUGGUUUUACGUGCUGAUCUUAUCUUUAAGCUGUGUUGGAUCUGUAUUGUUCAUGUUACUUCUCUUAUGAGAUACAAUAUUACUGAGAAAUCAGAGAUCUGCAGUUGAAAAAUAUUCUGUCUUGUUGCACAUGGAAAGCAAUGCCUUCACAUUUGGUCAAGAACUGAAAUUAGUAUACUUACAGUUGCAUGAAAAAUGAUGUAGAGCAUGUUAGACAAAAGGGAGAAGAUGAGAUAAAUCUCGUAAAAUUUCAAUAAUCUGAUGAUGAAAGUCGUCAGGCCCUCGAACAGAUGAGGGGAAUAUAUAUAAAAUCCUAACUCUCUUAUUCCUACUCAACUUGCCUAACAAGAUAGGCUAGCUAAUUAUUUAAUUACCAAUACUAAACAAAUACUAAGGAAAUAAAAUAAAAGGCAUUAUGAAUAACUAAAUACGAAACCGGUCAUAUUUAUCCAAGAAUGCCAUUUGCGGUCUCGUCUCCAUAAAAAAAUCAUUUAAGCUUAUUAUAAUUAUAUUCAUUCUUAUUUCAUGACCAAUCACUUAAUUAUUGGGUGGUGUAAUAGAAUGAUUUAGCUCAAACUUCAUUCUGCCAUUUUAGAUGGCAUUUCUGUUUUUGGCUCUAUCUACUCUAUAUCAGUUAAAAGCAGCAAAUCUGACACUAAACCAGGAAGUGGGAACAAUAGGAAGGGUUGUGCGUGCCUGUCAAUUGAUGAUAUUGGACAAAAUUGACUCUUAAGGCACGGUUGGCCAAAAUUCUCAUUUCCAAAAGCAACACUGACAUUAAUAAAUAAUGAACAUGUUGAAAUGCCUAAAUUUUCUUUUGUCGUGUUAUGACUAAGUUCCCCGUUGAAGAGCUAUAUAUAUCCUUCAAGCUGUGAUGAUUAUUGCAUCAACAAUUUUCUAUCUCAGUGAAAAUGGGCUCUCACAACAUAGGCUUCUUUCUUGCUGUCGUAUUUCAUGCUCUUUUCAUAUUUUGUCUACCAUUUGUUGUUUCUCAAUGCCAAAAAAAGCCAGUGAUCUUCAACUUUGGCGACUCAAACUCUGACACAGGGGGUUUUUCAGCUGCGACUGGGUUCGAGUUCGGAUACCCUGACGGACGGGCCUUCUUUCAAAAGCCAACAGGCCGGUUAUGUGAUGGGCGUUUAGUCAUCGACUUCUUGUGUGAACAUUUGAAGGCUAAUUAUUUGACACCCUAUCUGGAAUCAGUGGGACCCGAUUUCACAAAUGGAGCCAAUUUCGCGGUAGGCGGAUCAGCCACUCACCCGAAACACGUCCCUUUCAGUUUGGAUAUUCAACUUCUCGAGUUCUUGCGCUUUUACAACCGUUCUCUGGAGAUGCAUUCUAAAGGCAUAAAAGAUCUGGUUGAUGAGAAGGGCUUCAAGAACGCACUGUACAUGAUCGACAUUGGACAGAACGAUUUAUCGGCUGCAUUUAAUUCUCUUUCUUAUGCUCAAGUUAUUGAAAAGAUCCCUUCUUUUAUCUCUGAGAUAAAGAGUGCUAUAUCGGCCAUGUACGAACGUGGUGCAAUGUACUUUUGGGUGCACAAUACGGGCCCGCUCGGAUGUCUGCCUGCAAAGUUAGCCACAAGUAAGACCAAUGCCACUGAUUUCGAUAAACACGGGUGCAUUGAGCAAAUGAACGAAGGCGCAAAAGCAUUCAACGCUGAAUUAGCCGCUCUUUGUAAACAACUACGUUCUCAGAUGCAGAAUGCCACCAUCGUCUAUGUGGAUGUCUACUCCAUCAAGUACAACCUCAUUGAAAACUCAGCCUUUUACGGUUUCAAACAUCCAUUGGAGUCGUGUUGUGGGCAUGGUGGGCCGCCGUAUAAUUACAACUCAAACGUUAAAUGUCGGACCAAAGGAUACAAUGUGUGUAAACCGAGCUCGAUGCACAUAUUCUGGGAUGGAGUUCACUAUACCCAGGCUGCUAAUGCGCUUAUUGCCCAUCAUAUACUCUCCACCAAGUAUUCUACACCUCCUCUCGGCUUCAGCUUUUUCUGUAACAAUUAAUGCAUGAAACUUGUCCAGCUUCAGUGCCUUAAAAGACUACUUUAAAAACUUUAUUAUGGUGUAAGAGUUGAAUAAAAUUGCUCGAUAUAUAUAUAUAUAUAUGGAAAAUUGUCAUCUGUGUUAGAUUUAAUUCUGUAAAAUUUAUCAUUUAUAUAUGCGAAAAACAUGUAUAAACGAUAAGUGUGGUGCAGGUGAUAUUAUAUAUACAUAAUGAUUGUACCAAAUAAUGACCACUCCCUACUCCCGUUUUCUAGUUAAGUGGGAAUGUUCCCAUAAUCACCAAGCUAUCGUGGAAGGCACAAAGUCAUUUUCGUUAAUGAGUUAUUUUAUUAUAAUUUGCUAUUUUGUGAGAUGUUAAAUUAUUUAAAAUAACAUUUCAUGUGCCUAAAUUUUGCAUGGUUGCCGCUGUAAA